AUGGCUAAUAGACCAUCUCAAGGUGCCGGUAGUCGUUACACAAUCUUAAUUAUUGAAAACCCGGUGAAUCAACCUCCAAAUAAUUGGCCAAGAUGUUAUCCGAUACUUUAUCAUGAUAUUGAAAACGAUUUUACAAAUGAAGAUCAUAAGAAAAAACUUCGUGCAUCUUAUUUUCUUUUUAAAUCACAUUCUUUGGCUGAUAUUGCAAUUGCGGCAUCAAGAUUUAAUCCAGCGCAAAUAUUGUCUCAACUCAUCGCUUCAGCAUUAUAUCUUAUCAUUAUGCCUGUUGGUGAUUUCUUGGCUAGACAUUUAAGUCUUUAUGCCGGUUACAAGUAUUAUUUCUUUGGUGAAUUCAUUGUAAUUUUAUUUGGUGUAAUUAUUGGUGUUGGAUUUAUAAAUGAAGGUAGUAGUGGAACGCUUGGUGCAGUAAAAUUGUUUGAAAUGGGAUAUUACGUAGCUGAAUUAUUAAUAAAAAACACUACUCAUAGUGAUACCGAUCAAGUUAUUAAUAUUUCAAAACGAACAGAUUCACCAUUGCAUAAUUCUCAGGAUCUUUUAAAUAGUGUUAUCGAAGAGUUAUGUGACUUGUAUAAUAAAGAAGUUAUGAAUGAAUAUUGUAAUGGCAUAAUUAUUUACUCAAUAGAUCAGCAUUUUACAAAUAAACAGCAAAAUCCAGGAGAAAUAAUCAACUUAUGUUUAAAUAAUCAAACAAAUCAUACUGUUCAAACCAAUUCUAUAAUUCAACAUAUUCUCGCAAUAAUAUGUCCCAACUCAGUAUGUCAAUGUGAUGAAAAAUUGGAAGUAAUAGAGGAUUGUGAGCAUUGUAAAAAUAAUACAAAAUGUGAGGAAGAAUACGCGAUAAUAUGUGAUGAUUGUCUUCAUGAAGUAUUAGAAAGAGAAUUUGCUAACUGGUCGAGUGAAAAUUUGCAAAUCAAUCAAUUUUUUAGAAAAGCACAGCAAGGCACAUUUGAUGCAGUAAUUUCUGCAAAAUGGAGCCAGGGUGCAAAAAAAAUACAAAGGUCUAAUAAUAAGCGCUAUUACAUUCGAUCAGAUCCCUGUAUGGUUGUUUUAAAGUUUAUAAACCAAUCUUCACUUAUAGAAAAGCAGCUACAAGACCGAUCUGAUUGUUGUUGUUUAUACGGAAUUACUCAAGAUCCUUCAACAUUAGAGUAUAUAUUUGUAGAACCCACGCAUCUAUGCGACAGUUGUCUUCAUAAAGUAUUAAAAAAGGAGUUUUCUAACUGGUCAAGUGAAAAUUUGCUAAUUGAUGAAUUUAUUAGAAAAGCGCAGCAGUCAUUACAAUAUAGUCGAUAUCCUGAAUGGAUUCCAUAUAAUUGUUUCACAGAAAUAAAAAAUAUUAGUAGAGGCGAACUUGGUGCGAUAAUUUCUGCAAAAUGGAGCCAAGGAGCUAAAAGACUAAGUAAUGAUAAUGAGCGCUAUUACAUUCGAUCAGAUCCCUGUGCUGUUGUUCUAAAGAAGUUUAUAAAUCAAUCUUCACUUAUAGAAAAGCAGCUUCAAGACCGAGCUGAUUGUUGUUGUUUAUAUGGAAUUGCUCAAGAUCCUUCAAACUUAGAGUAUAUAUUUGUAGAACCCACGUGUCUAUGCGACAGUUGUCUUCAUAGAGUAUUAAAAAGGGAGUUUUCUAACUGGUCAAGUGGAAAUUUGCUAAUUGAUGAAUUUAUUAGAAAAGCACAGCAGUCAUUAUCUUAUAGCCGAUAUCCUGAAUGGAUUCCAUAUAAUUACUUCACCGAAAUUGAAUCUAUUAAUAGAAGCGAACUUGGUGCGAUAAUUUCUGCAAAAUGGAGCCAAGGUGCUAAAAAAAUGCAAAAUUUUAACAAUGAACGCUAUUACAUUCGAUCAGAUCCCUGUUCAGUUGUUCUAAGGAAAUUUAUGAAAGAACCUUUAUUUACAAAUAAGCAGCUUCAAGAUCGAUCUGACUGUUGUUGCUUAUAUGGAAUUACACAAAAUCCUUCGACAUUAGAAUAUAUAUUUGUAGAACUCACAUAUUUAUGCGACAAUUGUCUCCAUAGAGUGUUAAAAAGCGAGUUUUCUAACUGGACCAGUAAAAAUUUACAAAUUGAUGGAUUUAUUCAGCAAGCACAAAUUUCAUCUUCUUAUAUCCAGUUCCCUGAAUGGAUUCCAUAUAACUAUUUCACAGAAAUAAACUAUAUUAAUAGAGGCGAACUUGGUGCGACAAUUUCUGCAAAGUGGAGUCAAGGAACUAAAAGAAUACAAAAUUUUAACAAUGAACGCUAUUACAUUCGAUCAGAUCCCUGUUCGGUUGUUCUAAGGAAAUUUAUGAAAGAACCUUUAUUUACAAAUAAGCUGCUUCAAGAUCGAUCUGAUUGUUGUUGCUUAUAUGGAAUUACCCAAAACCCUUCGACAUUAGAAUACGUAUUUGUAGAAUCCACAUAUUUAUGCGACAAUUGUCUUCAUAGAGUGUUAAAAAGCGAGUUUUCUAAUUGGACCAGUGAAAAUUUACAAAUUGAUGGGUUUAUUCAACAAGCACAAAUUUCAUCAUCUUAUAUCCAGUUCCCUGAAUGGAUUCCGUACGACUCACUAACUAAAAUAGAAUCUAUUGGCAUAGGCGGGUUCGGUGCUGUAUAUUCUGCAAGAUGGGACAAGGGAAUAAAAUUGGUUUCCAUAAUAGACGGAGACAAAUAUUAUACUCGAUCUGAUCCCUGUACUGUUGCAUUAAAACAAUUAAAAAGUGAAAAGGAUUCUGUUCAUAUUUUUCUUAAGGAGAUUCAAGCUCAAUUUAAUUGCUGUCAUUUAUAUGGCGUUACUAAAAAUCCUUCGACAUCACAAUAUAUGUUCGUAAUGCGUUAUGCACCACAAAGUGAUCUUCGACGAUUCCUGCAGAAAAAGUUUGAUAAACUAACUUUAGAAAAUAAAUUAAACAUAGCACAGUCUAUAUGUACAGAACUUCAAAAUAUUCAUGAUAAAGGUUGGGUACACGGCGAUCUUCAUUGUGGAAAUAUUUUAUUAUUAAAUGAGGAAGAUGCUUUUAUUUCAGAUUUUGGACUAUGUCGACCAGUGAAUGAAGCGCAGAUGACUGAAAAGAAACUUUAUGGAGUCAUACCAAAUGUGGCACCAGAGAUACUUCGUUGUCAAUCGCCAUAUUCUCAGGCAGGUGAUAUUUAUAGUUUAGGUAUUAUUUUAUGGGAAUUAGCUUGUGGGAUUCCAGUAUUUUCAAACAGGGCGCAUGACGUAACUCUAAUAACAGAUAUUUGUGAUGGUCUUCGACCAAAAACGUGCCAUUUUAUGCCUCCAACUUAUAAUGAUAUGCUAAGAAAAUGUUGGGAACAAAAUCCUUUAGAACGACCGAAUAUAGCUAUGGUAUUGGAUUUGAUUCGACUAUUAUCUAUAUGUUAUAGGUAUCCCAAAUGGCUGAAUAAGACAGAGAGAUCGACAUUCAAUGAAUAUGAUAAAUAUGCAUAUAAACUUAAAGAAUCUGAAUGGGCGAAUCAGGAUUCGAAAUUAAAACAAGAAUUGCUCAAUUCGCAUAAUGCAACUAUAACAUAUAAUUCGAUGAAAUGGAAACCGGAUAUCCCUGUUCAUCCGAAUGCAGUAUACACAAGUCGCGUGAUUAGUAUUAACAAUGGAUAUAAGACUUGUCAAAGCGAUAUGGCACUUCCUCUUCAUUAUGAAAUUUCAGAUAUAUAA